UGACUGUCUUGUAGAGUGACAAGUGAAUCAAGCAAUAGCGAAUGGUGAGGCAAGCACGCAAACAGGCACAAGUCACUCUUACUGAGGCAGGUACGGGUGGUAAAUGUGAGCCAGCCAGUCGUUCUUCCAACUACUUAAACCUCCAAACCUCCCACUCCGGUCUAAUCUUUUUUUCUCUCAUCCCCAACUCACCAACUCACCAACUCAAGCUAUUUCAAGAUCCUCAAAGAUUCUCAACACCAAUAAGCCACAUAUCCUCGAGCCUUCUCAAGAAGCAAAUCAUCACCAUGGACAAGAUCAACAACGCCGCUAACUACGUCUCUGACACCGUCAAGGGUGCCGUUUCCACUGGCUCCAAGGAGGCUAACAAGGAAGUUGCCAAGGACAACAAUGCCAGCGUUGGCACACGCGCCUCCGCUGCCAAGGAUGCCCUUGGUGAUAAGAUCGACGAGUCGAAGCACAACACUUCUGCUGAUGUGAACAAGGAGGCUGCUAAGCACUAGACCGUAUUUCUCUCUGUGUGUUGCGACAUGGGAAUAUUUUGGCGUCUGUCACAUGGGUUGACAAUGGAAGUAUGGAAAGCAGAGGGGACGUUACGACGAGGCACACAUCAAUACCCUCUAUGAUAAUACCUUAGAAUUCAGGUGCCUCCCAUCCUCAAGAAAUCUGGUAAAUAUGCUGAUAAUUAUGUCUGUGAUGCGAAUGUCUAUUUUCUUACGAAAGUAUUUGCGAUCAACACGUGUAUGGCAUGUGGCAUAAUUUAAUGCUGAUUUUGGGACUAAUAGUAUUCAGGUUGGCUGUAGAGAUACAUAGCUACUGAUCUUGAUUUGCGCACGGUCCACAAUCGAUUCAAUGUGAGUACCUCUAGAACUGAUACGUUACAACCCCAAUUUGUA